AACGGCGGGGGCGUGUCGGCGGGAAGGCGCCCGGCCGGCCUCGUGGUGUCUGGGUAGCCGAAGUUUCCAGAGAGCAUCCUCUGCGCGCACUCGAGGCGGAACGAGGGGCGGGGCAAGGGGCCGCCUGCGGCCGGCGAGGUCAAGCUCCUGGCCGAAGCACCUCCUCAUUUUCCACAGAGCCUGGAAGUUAAACCCGCGUCCUCAGGGGCCUGACUGAAAUGAUGGAUUCUUCCACACCUUUAUCUCCUGAAACCCUCUCUCCAGUCUGCAGUGGAGCCCCACGGACAAUACACAUCGCAUUUCCCCGGCAUAGCUCGCUCUUGCUAGAAUCCCUGAACCGCCAUAGGCUGGAGGGAAAGUUCUGUGAUGUGUCCCUGCUGGUGCAGGGCCGCGAACUUAGGGCUCACAAAGCAGUGUUGGCUGCUGCCUCUCCUUACUUCCACGACAAGCUGCUUCUGGGGGAUGCACCUCGGCUUACCCUUCCCAGUGUCAUUGAGGCUGAUGCCUUUGAAGGGCUGCUUCAGCUCAUUUAUUCAGGACACCUUCGCCUGCCAGUGGAUGCUCUCCCAGCCCAUCUUCUUGUAGCCAGCGGCCUUCAGAUGUGGCAAGUAGUAGAUCAGUGCUCAGAGAUUCUUCGAAAGCUAGAAACUUCAGGUGGUGGAAUUGCAGCCCGAGGAGGAGCCUCCUGCCACACACUUCUUUCCACCACAUCCUCUCCCGGAAGCUGGUGCAUUCGCUCUUCCCCUUUCCAGACCCCAGUGCAGCCCUCCACUGCUACUGAGAGUCCUGCCUCCACGGAGAGCCCCGUUGGAGGGGAAGGGAGUGAGCUGGGAGAAGUAUUACAGAUUCAGAUAGAGGAAGAAGAGGAGGAGGAGGAAGAAGAAGAGGACCAAGAAUCAGCAGCCACACUUUCUCAAGCCCCUAAACCUCAGAGAGUAUCAGGGAAUUUUCCCUGUAUCCGUGGCUCCCACCCACUGCCCAUAUCUGCUACUUCUCACAGGCUUCCAGAGGGUGACAGUGUCCCCCUUGAGCCUCCUGCUUCUCCUGCACUGGCCCCCAAAAUCUUCUACAUUAAGCAGGAACCUUAUGAGCCUAAGGAGGAAGUAGCUGGAGGUGGAUCUCAGUCUGGAGGAGCAAAGGAAGAGACCAAAGUUUUCCCUGGAGGGGACUCUGAAGAGAAUGGGGAGCUGAGGUUUUUGUUGCCCUCAGGAGCAGGGGCAACAUCUGGAAAUGGGGGUCCAUCGUGGAAACCAGUGGAUCUUCAUGGGAAUGAAAUCCUGUCAGCAGGUGGAGGACCUGGGGGAGCAGGGCAGGCUGUGCAUGGGCCUGUGAAGCUGGGGGGAACACCCCCUGCAGAUGGAAAGCGCUUUGGUUGCUUGUGUGGGAAGCGGUUUGCAGUAAAGCCAAAACGUGACCGACACAUCAUGCUGACUUUCAGCCUUCGGCCUUUUGGCUGUGGCAUCUGCAACAAGCGCUUCAAACUGAAGCAUCAUCUGACCGAGCAUAUGAAGACCCAUGCUGGAGCCUUGCAUGCCUGUCCCCACUGUGGCCGACGGUUCCGAGUCCACGCCUGUUUCCUCCGCCACCGAGACCUAUGCAAGGACCGGGGUUGGGCUACUGCCCACUGGACUUACAAGUGACUGCUAAGGUUGUACACUGUCUCCCACGACCAGAUAGCCACUGCUGCUGGAUACUUUACCCUCCCCUCCCCUGUCCUAUGUUUUGUAAUCAUGCCAAGAGAUUAGAGGUGAUUUGGACUUCUUGUUCUUGAGCAUGUGCUUCUCCUUGGUUAUUUGGAAGCUCCAGAUUUAUCAUCCAGUUUUCUGUUAACCACCCUAUGCAAAAAUGGCAUAUAGAGCAUCCUUAAAUCAGUCACUUGCCCAGAAUGGAACUUUGUUUUAUAGUGUUGAUAUCUGUGGAGGAAACCAGAGUUCAGAGUACAAGGUUAUUUCAUAAGAGAAUUAGAGCAAAGCAACAUAGUGAAAAUGUUUUAGUUAGUAUAUGUGAAGAGUUAAAGGAGCUGGUCUCCAAUUGGAGAUAUUUGAUUUAGAGCUCAAAUAAUUCAUGUUAGACUUUACUCUCCCUGGUAUUGAUACUAUUUGAACAGAAUUUCGUUAUAUCUUUUCAGAACCCCUUCAGAUUGAAAGCCCUUCAGCUUUCUCACCAGUAGAUACUUUCCCAACACCUUUAAAUAUUGUAGUUGAGCACUUUAACAAAUUGAGCAUUCCAUUAUCCUUCAUAGAAUCCUUUUUAAUGGGGUAUUCCCUCACCAGCCUGUGCCUCUUGGCUGCCUUUCACCCCCACUGCUAACUUGUAUGUUGAUCACAGUGAUCAAUGUGGCCAGUGUACUCAGGAGAUGGCAAUGGACUAAAAUGCGCUCAGGUAACGGCCAUGCUCAAAAGUUGCUGUGGUCAGAGGGACUCAGGGCUGAGGCUACCCAUGCUGAAUGCUACAGAGUAACUGCACAGUGGGACCACGCUGCCUCCUUUUCCUUCCCACAUUUGAUAGGGACAGCCCCUCUGUUGAGAGGUGGACGGGUAGAUUGUGGAGUGGGAGUGGAGGGAG